GUCUUUUAUCAUGUAUUUUAAAGUUGGACAACAGGACUGAUUAAUCAGAUGUUGGGAUUUUAUUCACUCCAGUCCAGCAGGAGACGGAAAUGAAGCAGAAGUUGUUUUAGAAACCGACAGAAAACACCAGAAGAAGAUGAAAGAAGAGCUGAUGCUUUGAGCAGUUCGUGAUGGCGGAGGGAGACAUAAAAAGGCUCACGAGGCAUCAGAGUGGUAGAGAGAGACAAGAGAAAAUACUCACGUUGACAGUUCGCUGCCUCCUGACUCCUUCAUUACCCAAAUAACGAACCUGCUACACCAUCUUAUUAGAAAACUUAGCCUGGACCUGGGGUACCUUCCGCAGGCUGCUGACCACAGUUUAGGAGCCAUCCCCCAUCCAAGGCCUGCUCUUCCUGAUUGGGUUCUUCCAACAAUCUCUUGUUGCUUCAUUGUUGAAACUGCCCUGAUUACGAUCUCCUCUGUCUUUUAAGCGCAGCCUGAUUGAACUUGGGCUUGACUAGCCCUCUCAGAGUGGUCUGUUGAUUCCCUUAGUUCUAAGAACAGUCUGGUCUUCUCCUGCUUGUAGCCCAGGGUGAUGGACUUUAGUGGCAGUUGUAAUAAUGUGAUAUAAUACGAAUGGAUGAUAUAUUAAUGAAACACUGAUUGCAUACGUACAUUACCAAGAUGUCUUUUCGAUUUGUGUUUUUUAAUCUGGAAGACAUCUAAUUUCAGUGUGUGUGGAAAUUUCUAAACCAUGUGUGUUACAACUAGCCUCGUGUAGUUUGUGCCCAGUUCUCCCAUAGAUAUAUGAUUAACAAAUGAUUAACAGAGCUGUUCUUGUGUAUAAUCAUAUAAUAAUCUUUUUGAGUUUGAAUGUCAGUCCAUUAUAAUCAUACAUUUUUUGUUGUCAGAUGUUCAUCAUGAGAGAGCAGAUGGAUGUGAUCCAUGCUGGAGAACAGCAGAUGCUGCAGACACCAGUGCAGAUGUAUUCAGUGAAGCUGCUGGACUGCAGAAACCUGACGGAGGUGGGAGGAGAAAUCAAAGUAGAGGAACAACAGAGUGAUGAAGAUUAUGUUGAAACCACAGCAGAGGAAGAACUGAGUGAUAAUGAUGAUGAUGAAAUCAAAGCAGAGGAACAACAAAGUGAGGAAGAUGAUGAAACCACAGCAGAGGAAGAACAGAGUGAUGAUGAUGAUGGUUAUGAUGAUUUUAUUCCUUCAGAGCUGAUGGAAGUGAAAGAGGAACGUCAAGAGCUGAAUGAAGUGGAGGAGGAACAUCAUGAUUUCAUUAUUGGAGAAAAAUCUUUGAGUUGCUCUCAGUGUGGAAAAUGUUUCAAAGAUAAAAGAAAUCUUAAGAAACACACAAGGAUUCAUACUGGAGAGAAGCCUUACUCGUGCCAUCAGUGUGGAAAGAGUUUCUCACGUAAAGAACAUUUUACUGUGCACACAAGAAUUCACACUGGAGAGAAGCCUUACACGUGCCAACAGUGUGGAAAAGGUUUCAGACGUAAAGAUCACCUUAAUCUGCACACAAGAGUUCACACAAUAAAGAAGCCUUACACGUGCGAUCAAUGUGGAGAAGUUUUCAAACGUAAAGAACAAUUUAUUCUGCACACAAGAAUUCACACAAAGAAGUCUUACACGUGCCAACUGUGUGGAAAAGGUUUUGCAUGUAAAGAAAGUCUUAAUGUGCACACAAAAAUUCACACUGGAGAGAGGCCUUUCACAUGCUCUCAGUGUGGAAAAGGUUUCAAAACUAAAAGAAACCUUAAAAAGCACACAAGGAUUCAUACUGGAGAGAAGCCUCACACGUGCCAUCUGUGUGAAAAGAGUUUCGCACGGAAAGAAAGUCUUACUGUGCACAUAAUGAUUCAUACUGGAGAGAAGCCUUAUACGUGUCAUCAGUGUGGAAAAGGUUUCAUUCGUAAAGAUCACCUUAAUCUGCACACAAGAGUUCACACUGGAGAGAAGCCUUACACGUGCCAUCAGUGUGGAAAGGGUUUCAUGGAUAAAGGAAGCCUUAAUAAGCACACAAGAGUUCAUACUGGAGAGAAGCCUUACACGUGUCAUCAGUGUGGAAAGAGUUUCGCACGUAAAGAACGUCUUCAUGUACACACAAGAGUUCACACAGGAGAGAGGCCUUACACAUGCCAACAGUGUGGAAAAAGUUUCAAACGUAAAGAACGCUUAAAUCUGCACACAAGAUUUCACACGAAGCCUCACACAUGCCAACUGUGUGGAAAAGAUUUCGUAUAUGCAGCUAGUCUCAAAUAUCAUCUCCGCGGUCACUCUGGAGAAAGGCCUUUUAAAUGUGAUAAAUGUGCUAAAACAUUUUUUGUAGAAUCAGUCUUGAAACAACAUCUGAAAACACACACAAAUGAGAAGCCUUUCAAAUGUUCUUUUUGUGGAAAGAGUUUUACACGCCUGUCCUAUUUUAAACAGCACCAGAAAAUACAUUCCGGUGCCGAGGUUAAUAAGUGCUCUGAAUGUGGGAGGACCUGUACAACAGCCGGCCACUUGAAAGAGCACCAAAGAAUCCAUACUGGAGAGAAACCUUUUAUGUGCUCAUACUGUGGAAAGACUUUCACUCGGCCAGAACACCUGAAAAAACAUGAGAGAACUCACACCGGAGAGAAACCAUACAAGUGCUCACACUGUGGAAAGAGUUUCACUCUGUCACAAAACAUGAAAGUACACGAGAGAAUCCAUACUGGAGAAAAACCAUACCACUGCUCUUCAUGCAGAAAAGGUUUCAACCGAUCAGGUCAUCUACAGCAACAUGUCAAAAAUAAUUGCCCAAGUAGUCACAGUGACCAAGAAUCAUCUUCAGGUCCAACGAUAUCAAGCAAAUAGUUUGAAAUUCAGAUAAACCCAAAGACGGAAUUUCUUCCAAAAGUGCAGCAUCAUCUAAAGGCUCGGGUAUACUUUGUUUAUCAGUGUUCUGGAUCACCUCGCACACGGUCGAGUGCAAGCAAUUACAAAUGCAUUUGGCGCAUGUGCAUAAGACUGCUUUGAGAUAUUUUUGGUACAGUCAACAGCUGGUGCAAUGACGCGUACAGAUGAGGACUGUGUCUGUGUGUCGAGAAUAUCUGGGCUGCACGUUUGACCAUCCGCACAGACUGUACAACCGAAGUAUACUUUGGCCUUCAGGCCCUCUUUACGCGUGGCAUAAACAUGCAUUUUAUAGUGUGUGGAUAUUCUUUAGCUGGAUUGCAUUUACACCUAGCAGUCACAUGUGCUAGUUGAAGUGAAUGUUUCCUCAGCAAGUUUUCCACUCUUGCUUCUCCAACUAUUGACGUCUUAAACCCGCAGCAGCCUGGGGUCUUGAUUAGUAGAAUACAACAAGGAAAUUUGUUUCACUCAGACGUAAUGAUACUCCACAUAAUAUAAUGUGUAGAUCUUAAAAUAUUUCUCAGAGUUUCAUUGCAAGCUAUGGUGGCUAAUCACUAAUGGCCUUUGCUAAACAUGAUCCAUUGCAUCAUAGAUGUAUAAGAUGGUCAUCAUUGGAUGUCUAGAGAGUGUCCGGAAUCCAUAUUGGGAAUGAAGCAUAUUCCCACAUGGGUAUGCAGAGGCAGAGCACACAUACACAGACUGCGCACAAGAGUGAUGGAAUAAGGUGCCCAUAUGAUUGUUUUUCAUUAUUGGGGGCCAUAUUUGAUAUAAUUUUUAGUAUUUUUUUAUAUAUAUAUAUUUUCGAGAUGUUUGCAUUAAAGUUAUUUAGUAUUAAUGUUCGUUAAAACACCUGAAUACUUGCUUGGAGAGGUUUUUGGACACUUUGAUAAAUAAAAGGCCACCAUGGUUCAAAAUACUAUCAUUGUUGAUUGCUUUGUACCAUCAAGAAAAUUUUUUUUUUCCUGUUAUAGUUGACAUGUUGGAGAACAACACCAAAGUUAAUUUGAUGACCUUCCAUUCUUACUUUCUAAAAGGUAUAAUGUCAAACACGAAUAAUAACUGAAAUGUAUUGUCAGUGCUCAUUUUUUGUGUUUUGUUAGCAGUGUUGUAGCAUGAGAGUCUCUAGAUGUGAUCUUAAUAUAUUUUCUUCAAAUU